GAUUGUAUAAAAAGAUUUAAAUGAUUACCUCAGAGUUAUUAUAAACUUAACACGUGUGAAAAUAUGUGUUGCAUGGAGUACUUAACAUUGUAACUGUUUAUUUUAAAAGUGUUGAGAUAAAAUGAUCCCAGGGUACGGUGCAGUGACCCAGGCCCUUUUGGGCACCCUUCUGACGUGGGGACUUACGGCUGCAGGCGCCGGUUGUGUCUUCUUUAUACGAGGAAAACACAGAAAACUACUAGAUGUGUCCCUGGGUUUCGCUGCGGGGGUGAUGACUGCAGCAUCAUACUGGUCGCUAUUGGAGCCUGCAAUAGAAAUGUGCAAAGAAUCACAUGUCUAUGGCUCAGAAGGACAGUUUGCAUUUGUACCAGUGGCAGCAGGGUUCCUCUUUGGAGCCGUAUUUGUCUUUGGAACAGACAAAUUCUUAGAUUAUUUAGGAAUUAAUUCAGCAAAUAUGAUGAUGACGAUGACCAAGAGUAAAGAAUCAAAAGACAAAUUAGAAGACUUGGAGAUGAUGACGGCUCUCAACAAGCGGCCUUCGUACCCAACUAGUGUCGUCACGGUAGACGGGCCUCCGCCCUCGGAGUUUGCAGACUGCAUAUCAAACCAACACACCGCUCAGCGGCGGCGGGGUCACAACCAUUCUCAUGGUUCCCUGAAAGGUGGAGAGAACGGUGACGGCGAUCGCCGCGACAGCGUGGCGUUAUCGCUCGCCGCGCGGCAGUCGCAGUGGAAGAGAAUCAUGCUGCUAGUGGUGGCCAUCACAGUCCACAACAUACCUGAGGGACUGGCCGUCGGCGUUUCGUUCGGUGCCGCCGCCUCCUCCAAUAAAGCAUCGUUCCAAAGCGCCAGGAAUCUGGCGUUAGGCAUUGGCAUUCAGAACUUCCCAGAAGGACUGGCUGUCAGUCUGCCACUACAAGCGGCUGGGUUCUCCGUGUGGAGAGCAUUCUGGUAUGGCCAGUUAUCUGGCAUGGUGGAACCAGUAUUUGGCGUGCUGGGAGCAGUCGCAGUGGCAGCUGCUCGCCCCGCACUACCCUAUGCGUUGGCAUUCGCUGCUGGCGCAAUGAUAUACGUCGUCACUGACGACAUCAUCCCGGAAGCCAAUGCUUCCGGUAAUGGCAAAUUGGCAACCUGGGGCUGCAUCGUCGGCUUCGUAGUGAUGAUGUGCCUCGACGUCGGCCUGGGCUAACCCUUCUUCACAUCAUGCUCACCCCGUGCCUUCUCCACGACCACAGCUUCGGCCAAUGGUUAGCAAUAAGAAAUCUUGUCUUUGACUGGUUAUAUUUAGGUAACUUUGCGCGUCGAACUCUCGUCUUGUAAAUGGACAUGUAAAUAUUUAUAUAGACAGCAUUAUUUAGACGAUGAAGCGUAUUCGGCACUGAAAUAAUUAACAAGAGUAUGUGAUUAAUAAUUUCCCAAAAUAUCAGUUCUUUGUGAUUUUCAAGUUGGGUAGAAUUGAAACUUUAUGCAGAUAUUGCGCGCAUUUAUGUAUUUAAUGAAAUAAAAGACAAAGAUUUUUCAUAAGCCAAUGUACUUAUAACUUAGUUAAGCUUUUCGUCUCGCCAGUUGUUGUCCUGAAAGUGCUUGAAAAUACAUAUUGUUUUUAGGCUUAAAAGACAAGAGGUGGAAUUCGUUGUAAAUAUGUACAUAAGAUCGUAUUUAUUACAAUCAAAUAUCAGAUUUAUGAAUCAAAUAGUAGUAUAAUUCAAAUUUAUGUCAUUUACUAGGUAAAUUUUGUAAAACACUAUCUUAUUUAAGCAUUUGUAGUGAUACAUUGUCAAAGAACUAACAUAUUGUAUAAAAACAGCUUAUUUACACUUAAAACAUAAUAAUACAAUUGAGUUGGUCACAAAUAAUAUGUAUUUAUAAAGUUUAUAUUAUUUCGAUAUUUUCAGUUUAGUUAGAAAUAAAUUAUUUGCGAAUUCCACCAAAAUUUUAACUCCUAUGAAUGGUUAUAACAUGCUACUUACUUGAUUUCAUUGCCAUCUCCCAAUUAUGGCUAGUGGUUCAAGCAUAUACCAUUCGUGAUAACAAAGUUAUAAGUAAAAUAAUAAUUAGUGUAAGGAAACCAUUGUCUGACAACUAGCAAGUUUAGAAAUUAUUAGAUAAACAAAGACAAUAUUUUGGA